AUGCCACUUCAUUUUGCUGCUAUGUCUGGUUCAUGGGAGUGUGUUAAAAUAUGCAUUUCUGCUCUACAAGCUCGCAAGGAUCUUGACUGCGCAACGGAAGUUCAACGUAAAAAUUUCAUGGGUAAAGAUGCUCUUACCAUUUCCGUUGAGAAAAGUGAUUAUGAAUCAUUUAAUCUACUAAUAAGUGCAGGAGCAGAAACAGAUUAUCGGUGUGCGGAUGAUGUGCCUCCUCUGGUGGCUGCUUUGAGUCAAGAUAACGUGAAGUUAACCGCUAACGUCCUGGAUGCACUCGACAUAAAUUUUCUUCGUUUACGCCGGGAUCGCUAUUGGAUUUUAGCAUUGCAUACUGAUCUCUCAAUAUCUUUAGCUUAUUUCAAGCUCCUAAAGGCUCAUGCUGUCCCAUACAUGCUAAGUGAAUUUGAGGAAAUUUGUGCCAUUGUUCUUGAAAAAGAACCAUCAAUAAUAGGGAUUGAAGAAUUUUUGAUUUACUUGGGGUCAGAUGCCGUGGAACGUUGGUCUAUUCAUCAAGAAGAAGUAUCUCUUUGUUUAAUGCGUAUUUCAUCCUACUUUUUAAGAAAAGUCGUUCCAUUUAGUCAGAACUUCAGUUGUAUUCAUCGCUUGCAAAAGUUAGGAUUAUACACGCCCCCGUCAUCUGCUAGAACUUGGUUGCAAGUUCUGUCUCAAUGGGGAUUCCCAAGGAUUUGUAUUGAACAACCGGAAGUCCAAAAACAAUUGAUUUGGAAUUUAGCAGAUAUCGAUAGGAGUCCAAAAAAUACAGUUCCGGACAGGUGUUUGCUGCCGCUUGUACUAUAUUUCGCUGUCUUAGCAUUACGUUUCCCAUAUACAGAUUGGAUCGAUUGUUGGCGUGAAGUUUGUUCUAAGGCGAACUUUAAUGAGCAUGAAUAUAACCUAGGAACACUUCUGGAAUUACACAGUGUAAGGCAGUCAAAAUCUGUCUUCGAUUUCUUCUGGCAUAAUAUAUUCACUUUUGCUAUUUCACGUGCUGUGUUGUGUACUAAUUUAAAACUUUUUCCCUUAAAUGAUACUCAGUGGUCCAUGGACAAGUUUUUAAGUCAUGCUUAUCGUGAAUGCCAAUUAUUACAACCACUUCCUCCAGGGAAUCAUGAGAAAUUAAUUUAUCUCCUUUCUUACUUUCCAGCAUCUAACAAUAUUCCUGGACAUGAAAUUUUUAUGUCUAUUGUGUAUCAGCAUUUCUUACCAUUGAUAUCUGAUGAUGAUAUUGAAUGUAGUAGUAGUAGUUGCUCAAACGUUAAUCCCAAUGUAUUGAUGACUGCUACAGUUCAUGUGCUUCAUCAAUAUUGUUUAUUAAAUCUAAUUGUAAACUUUUCAGCUAAAUUAGGUCUGAAAUUCCUAAGCAAUAUUCAAGACUGGCCACGUUCAAUAUCAACUGACUACAAAAUCAAGUUGUUCAAUAUAUUAAUUGCAUGCUAUGUUGAGUCUAGUCGACAUACCAAAGUACCUAGAAACAUAUCCCAGAUUCUACCAUUGAGACAAAUGAGUUGUGAUCAUUCUAGUUAUUUGAAUAAUUUAGUGAAUGACUGGCUGAGUAAAUGGUUGUCUGAGCCAAAACGUCUCUCAUUAUGGUCUAAGGUUACUAUACGCACAUGUCUCAGACGUUCCACGCAACAUCGUUCUUUCCCUAAACAACCUGUAAAUGAACUUAUUAGGCGUUUACCGCUGGCCCCGAUGCUCCAGGAGUACCUUAUAGAUAAUGAAUAUCUAAAGUAA